AUGACCGCUAUAAUUGUCAUCACAGAUGCAGUAAAUUCAAGAGUAUCUACGACAACGGUCAGGUCCAGGGACCCAUGCCGUUACGUCCAGUGCCAGAAUGGAGCCUCUUGCUGGGCACCACUAGACGUGGCACAGUGUGUCUGCCAGCCCAACUUCACUGGUCGCCUCUGUGAGGUCAGCUUGUUCAAACCUGGGACAUGCCCUGAGGUGCCAUUCGUACCUUUUAUCCCGACAUGCACCAGUCCACUAUGUCAAGCUGACCCAGACUGCCCAGGUGAGCAGAAGUGCUGCCAGAACAGCUGUGGCUCCAGUGUGUGUACUGACCCUCGGGACCUACCCCGUGGACCCACAUGUAACGGGGGCUGCCAGCCAGGUUACAGCUGUAUACUCCAAAUGGCCCAGUGUCCACCUGAGCUGGGCAUCUACUGCCUGCCGGCAAUGUUGGAGGUGUGUGUGCCAGACGGAUGUGUCAGCUGUCAGUCUGACCAAGAGUGUCGUCAGGUCAGCAGAUGUGGCAGCCAGCACUUCGCUGCUGGACGUCCUUGUGUGGAGAAAUUUAAAUGUGUCAAGAAACGAGACCCAUGUGGAGGAUGUCCAACGAACCAGAUCUGCCUCAAGUUAAACACAACCAGCAACCACGACGGGCCACGACACGUCUGUGUCCCCAAUGACGACUGCGGGGGUUGUCCCCCGGGACAAACAUGCCAGACUUUUGCCCUCCCCUGCAGGGACCCUUGUGAAAUAUUCAACUUCCAGGAUGUGCCGGUACCGUGUAACAGAACUGUGGACUGUACUCAGAGUUCCUGUGUCCCUGACCUGGUUAAUUCAGAAGACAACUGA